AUGAACCCUUCAGAAACAAUGAAUCAUCUUAGAAAAAAGCUUCCUCUCCCUAUCAUUAUUACCACAAUCUGUAUUCUUCUCUUCACAAUAGUUUUGUAUGCUGAGAGGCUUAGUUUCCUUUCUUCCACUUCUAUUUUCAAGUUCAAAACAUGUCCUAGAAAACACACUAAAUCGAAAUCGUAUGACAGAAAAAUAGAACAUGUGGUUGUAAAUGGAACAUGGAUUGAUGAUAGGUUUGAUUUUGAUCCAGAAGAAUGCAAUGUUGCUAAUGGAAAAUGGAUAUUUAACCAUUCUAUAAAGCCUUUAUAUUCAGAUACAAGUUGUCCAUACAUAGAUAAACAAUUUUCUUGUGUCAAGAAUGGAAGGAAUGAUUCUCAUUAUCUUCAUUGGGAAUGGCAGCCAGAAGAUUGUACCUUGCCUCAAUUUAAUCCAGAGGUAGCCCUCAAAAAGCUUAAAGGAAAAAGGCUUCUAUUUGUAGGAGAUUCACUUCAAAGAAAUCAAUGGCAAUCUUUUGUUUGUUUGGUUCAAGGUAUUAUACCUCAAAAGAAAAAGUCGAUGAAACGAGGGCGGGUUCAUUCUGUCUUCAAGGCCAAGGAAUAUAAUGCUAGCAUAGAAUUUUAUUGGGCACCAUUUCUUGUGGAGUCCAACACUGAUAUUAACAUAAUAGAAGAUCCAAAGAAGAGGAUAAUAAAAGUUGAUGAAAUAAGUGAACGUGCCAAAAAUUGGACAGGAGUUGAUAUUCUUGUUUUCAACUCCUAUGUUUGGUGGAUGAGUGGUCUUAGAGUUAAAGCAUUGUGGGGCUCAUUUAGUAAUGGAGAAGAAGGAUAUGAAGAAUUGGAUACAUCAAUUGCUUACAACUUAGGUUUGAGGACUUGGGCCAAUUGGGUGGACUCAACUAUCAACCCAAACAAAACUAGAGUCUUCUUCACAACUAUGUCCCCUGCACACACAAAGAGUGCUGAUUGGGGAAACAAAGACGGUACAAAAUGUUUCAACGAAACAAAGCCAGUAAAAAAGAAGAAUCAUUGGGGAAGUGGUUCAAACAAAGAAACUGGUGGAAAAUUGUUAACAGAAGAUGAAAGGAGGAAUCCAUUAAAUGCUGAUUGUAUUCAUUGGUGUCUGCCUGGUGUUCCUGAUACUUGGAAUCAAAUAUUUUUUGCAAUGUUGUGA